AGGAGUAGAACCGUAAUUCACAGUGCAUAGUAACCUGUUGGCUGUUGGUGCCGUUUUGUGAGGAACGCCAAACAGAUUUGACGCUCGAGUGUCGUGUGCCUCUAAAUCCUGGAUUUGUGUCACACCUCAGCUCCUCUUGUCCCGUUUUUGUCAACGCGGUAACUCCAUAGUUCCACAUAUCAUAAUUAUCAUCGGAUUCGCAAUUCAAACGUUGUCGACAAACUUGCGUGCGACAUGGUUGUCCAGAAUCCGAAGAUGCCGGCCGCUGAAAUCGGGAAUCCUUAUGGUAAACCACCAAAGAUGUCGACGGGCCAGACCGUGCGAACGUUCAUUUACAAUCCUGAAACUGGCGCCUUUAUGGGCAGGACUGCCAGCAGCUGGGGAAAAAUUGGACUGUUCUACUUAAUUUUCUAUGGAGUGCUAGCUGCUCUAGUGGCAAUUUGCUUUUGGGGCUUCUACCAAACAGUUGAUCCAAGGACACCGACUUGGCAGUUGGAGCGAUCACUUAUUGGAACAAAUCCUGGUUUAGGAUUCAGGCCACUUCCACCAGCGGAAAACGUGGAAAGUACUCUGAUUUGGUAUAAAGGAACAGAUCCAGGAAAUUUUAGACAUUGGAUUAAAUCUCUAGAGCAAUUUUUGCAACAGUACAAAACUCCGGGAACAAGACCUGGUCUUGGGGCCAAUAUCGCCAACUGUGAUUACGACCAACCCCCUAAACGCGGUCAAGUAUGCAACGUCGAUGUGAUGAAGUUUGCUCCUUGCAACCAAGAAAAUCAAUUUAAUUACCACAAGGCAUCCCCAUGUGUGUUCUUAAAGCUAAACAAGAUUUACGGAUGGAGGCCAGAGUUUUACAACGAAACUAAUAAGUUACCGGAAAAGAUGCCUGAGUCUUUGAAAAGGUACAUUCGAAGUAUUCCAGAAAAGCAACGUAACACAAUCUGGGUGUCUUGCGAAGGUGAAAAUCCAGCUGACCAAGAAAACAUUGGUCCGAUAGACAUAAUACCACCUCAUCAAGGAUUCCCUGGGUACUACUAUCCUUACGAAAACGCAGAGGGAUACUUGAGUCCUUUGGUCGCUGUACAUUUCAGACGACCACGAACCGGAAUUCUCAUCAAUGUUGAAUGCAAAGCUUGGGCCAGGAAUAUUAUCCACAGCCGAAACGACAAACUAGGAUCUGUGCACUUUGAGCUUAUGAUAGACUGAAAAAGUAACCAACAUUGCUGUAUUGAACUCGCCAACCAAGAAUGUCAGAUAAUCAUAGUUGUAAUUGUAAAACGUAGCUCAUUAGUGGUUUUCGAUAAUACGACUUGCCUUUCAUGCGACUCGAGAAGUUACAUCAGAAUCAGACUAUCCCGAGCAAGCGAUUUCAGGAUCUUCAUUUUUUUUUAAUAUUUGGGAUAUGUGAGCAUAAAAGAAUAUCAAGUAAAUUGAAUCCUGAUCGUCGCGAUAUUUCUCGAUUAUAAGUAUUCAUUACGAAAAGGAUAGGUAUUGUCGAAAACACGUUGUAAUAUUUAGGUAAGAAAUACUAUUAAAUGAGUACGGUGAUUAUGGCAAGACAUCAAUUAUCGCUGCAACCUAGGUUUUGUAAAAAUUUUCAUGUAGUUUAAAUAAAUCGACACCUGACAUUGAUUUUUGAGCCCUUAUCUUCGACUUUUCUAUUCUUAAGUUCGAUAUGAGGAACCUUGUUCCUAAUGGGGUCGUUGCAUGAAUUUUAGGUAAUAUAUUUUUUAAAUACUGCAUAUAAUUCUGAAAAUCUUAGUGCAUUGAAACAUUUUUUUAAAUACUUCAGAUGCGUGAGAGUGAGAUGUUUUUGAGCAUAACUUCAAAUUUUUGUCAAUCACAUGUUGGAAUCAUAAGAUAAUUUUUCCUCCAAUUUCUGCCCAUAGCUUUUUUUAACAUAAAAUUAUGUCGGCAGCGGCUGGAGUGAGUGAUUACUAGUCACUCAAGUCACUCGAUGAGAAAAAAUUUCUCACCACCCACAUUUCGACUUCUGGCACGUUCACAUUGUCACACUUUACCAAUUGUGGUUUUAGUGAAAUUCUAGACAUUUUAAAUACCGUUUAGGCCCUUGUUCAUAGUUCUAAAACACGUGUACAAUAAUAAACACAAUAGGUUAUGCUUAUUGUUUACACUGGCGAUAGGUAGCAGUCAUAUAGAUUUCCCCACCAGCUGGACAACCGCGAUAUUUAGAGUGAAUUACUUUCGGAAAUCCGCCAAACCAAUCAGAUUUUUCCGAAAAAAAUUCAAAAAGUAUACUUUUUUAAUUUUAUAAUUUUUUUUAAACUUAUUUGAAAAAGCUUUCCCUUCGAAAUUACAUUUAUUUUCAAGUAUUCUUUUAAUUUACCUCUGAAAAAAAUUAAAAUAUGCAGCCACCCUAUUUGAAAAAGGAACAAUCAAUACAAUUAUAAUUUUCGUAAGACUUAAAGGCAUGCGCUAGUUUUCUUGUAAAUUUGCCUUUAGAAUUGAGUUUUUAAAAGGAAACAUGGACUUGGAGCUCAAAAAUGCAAUGUCUUUCACGAACGUUCGCUUUUCUAUGUCGGGACUGCCUUCAUCUUUACAUGUUACUAACAGUCGGAUCAAAAUAUCGAACACGAAUAAAUUGAUAGUUUUUGGACGGUCUUGUGUUAAAACUUGUAUAAUAAUAAUAAGAUUAUUAUCUCAAGCCAUUUUAAAUACAAAGUUUAAAUCAUUCCGAAAUAUUGAUUUGUUCGUAUCAAAACCUAAUGGCCAUAUCAGGUUGUCCAAUAUCUUCGAAAGCACUGAGUUUUGACACUGAAAUGCCUUAAACGAGAACGUUUCGAGAAAUCUGAAGCGAUCAGUGCUGCACUAUGUAAUAUCUUUGACAGAACCUCUACUGUGUUCAUCUCAUGUAAACGCACACGUGCAGCAAAUACUUUCAGAGUACACACUGCAUGCGAAUUGAUAAGGAAAGAUUACAUCUGAGUGAUUAUAAUUAUUUGUUGUUGCUGUUGUGAAAUGACUUUAAAUGAUUCCGAAAAACUCAGAUGUUUAUUUGUGUAACGUUUUGGACUAUGUUUCCAAAGACAGAUCUCCUAAACUCUAACAGUUAUGGUAGUUAACAUUGACAUGCGUACAAGUUCAAAGACCGGCUUCCUUCUUUCAAGAAACCACUAUCCAUGAAUAUCUUUCAUCUUCGAAAAAGUUGUAUUAUAUUUUUGUUAAAUAGAGUAGGUUAUAAAGUAUUAUCUCUAAAACAUCUCUUAGAAUAUAAUAUACUUUCCAAAAUAUUUUUAAAACUUUGUUUCUUUUAUGGUAAAUUAUUCAAAGUAUUACAAACUCUUAUGUUAUACAAUGUUUUCUACAUGUACAAAUUAUUAAUCUCCUGUAGAGGUUAUAAAAAAAUGUGUAUAAGAAUGUGCACUGGGUGUUAAAAGCAUUACACGCUGUUAGCGAAACCAGAGUUUUUCAGAAUCUUUAGUUGGAAUUUCUACACUUUUAAAGGUGUUGCAUCGUCAAAUUGUGAUCUAAAUAUUGUAGUUUAACCUCUAUCUGCAAGUAAGCUAUAAUUCCUACAUAAUGGUAUACAGAAAAAUAUAAUCUGAAAAAUUUCAGUUAAACAAAAUGAUCCGUGUUGUUUUAGACAAUUUUGUUCAGGGAUAUCACGUAAGUUUGCUUGAAUUGUACAUUGACAUCUAUUUAAUGUAAAAUAGUGCAAGGAACAAUGUUUUAAUACCAGAUAAGUAAUCCAUGACAAAUGCCAUAAAACAGAAGUGUUGAAAAGUACUGUAUUUUGUGUUAAAAAAUAUCUGACAACAUUUGAGC